GCCAAAUACAGCUUUCCACCUGGUUCUAACAACUGCAGAAUGCUAAACCUCGAUGACUCCGAGCUUCUUGCUCCCAAUUAGGACCUUGCUAAAACUUAUCGUGCUCCCAUUUAGGAUACUUCAUUUAGAAAGGUGUCUGCAGUGACCACAGGAUUCCAUUAACUAUUCUUUCACAUUGUUUACCAUGCCUUCAACCACAGUCUCUCCAAUAAUACGCUCAGACGCUUCAGAUCUCGAGAUUAACACGUACGAUGCCGCCAGCGCCAUACCUCCCUGGGUCGUCGAAGUUCUUCGACGGAUUCCGACUCAGACAAAUGUGGUGUUACCAAACAUAGAGAGGGCAAUAUCGAGGGAACUUGCUGGAGAUAUAGUCGAAAACGAGGAGCUUUGGUUCACUUGUUCGUCUAUUGACGACGAGGAAAAUCGAACUCUAGACCUCGUUCUUUCGUGUUCAGAAAGCGACAUGGGCAAAUAUCCAAUCUUCAUCGUUGCUGCAGUUCCGUUCUCCCGAUUGACCGAUCAGUUCCUUGGCCCCCGCAUAGAAAAUCUAAUCCUGGCUAUGACUCGUGCAGGCAUACGGAGUGACCGUGUUUAUAGCAUAUUUGCCCCGGAGCCCAUAACUCAGCUUUUUGCCGAAAUUUGGACAGAGUUCACUGGCGUAGCGCACUACGAAACACCAUAUUACGCCGCCAUGCUCUCAUUUUGUACAAGAGGAUCGUUCAGAAAUCGGCAGGCUACAUGUACGCAGGGAGGGGUACGGUACAAUCUUCGACCUGCGCGCAUCUCUGAUCUUGAUGCAGUCGCUGCCCUGUGCUAUGGGUUCGCAGCAGAAUCAGAGCCAUUUGUGUUGAAUGAAGCGGGUGCUUUGAAAGAAGCUCUGAUGCUAAUUCGCAAAGAGCAGGUCUGGGUGCACGAAGCCCAACGCGAGGGCUCGACUCGACCGGAGAUUGCUUGCCUUGUUGCGUACACCCGCAAUACCCAAACCACGGCCACAAUCACAAAGGUGAUGACCUCUCCGGCUCACCGUGGUUUAGGAUGCGCCCAGCGAUUAGUACGCCAAGUCUGCAAACAUCUUCUCUACUCUGGAAAGCAGGCUGUGGCCCUCUAUGUGGCUCAUAACAAUAUCCCUGCAUGCAAAGUUUAUCAUAAAGUUGGCUUUGUAGGUCUUGACAAAUAUCAUGAUCAACCGAUAGAAGGAGUCGAGCGUUGGUUGGAGAUUGGGUUUGAUCGAGCGAAAGUCCAUCUCGGCCAUUGGUAAUCAAAUUUGGUACUAUUUUCUUGGACAUUUUUUGUAACCAUUACAUCUAAUCAGUAAUACGAUACCCCCCUUCCCUUGUUAUUCCUGGACUUUUAUAUACAUGUAUUUGACGGUUAUAUGAGCAGCUCCCUCCAACCCCCGACUAAUCUUAUGAAUCAACAACCCUUCUCCCCGACUCACUCAUGGAUAUUCAAGUUCUAUACACUAUACUUGAAUUCGGCAGAAUAGAACAACUUAUCUUGAUCAGAGCAUACUUCCCCCUAUUUCACUCUACUUAGCGAUCCUCAAUAGAG